AUGGCUUUGCAGCCCUUCCUCUGCCUUUCCCUUCUCCUGCUUUUGUUCCUACAAGGAGGGAGAGCAGAGCAAGAGCAAGAGCAAGACCAGUUUUACAACGGCAGCACCUCGAGAGCGCGAAUGCUUGCAGGUAACUGCAAUUUGUUUCAAGGUAGCUGGGUUUUUGACGCUUCUUAUCCUCUCUAUGAUUCUUCGAGCUGUCCCUUCAUAGAUCCAGAAUUCAAUUGCCAAAAGUAUGGUAGACCCGAUAAGAUCUAUCUCAAAUACAAGUGGAAGCCACUGGGCUGUGACCUGCCAAGGUUUAAUGGGUUGGAAUUCUUGAUGGGAUGGAGAGGGAAGAAGAUUAUGUUUGUUGGUGAUUCACUGAGCCUAAACCAAUGGGAAUCAGUAAAUUGCUUGAUUCAUGCGUCAGUGGCCAACGCUAGGACAACGGUGGUGAGAAGUAACCCAAUUUCUUCUGUAACAUUUGAGGACUAUGGCGUGACGGUGCUACUUUAUCGUACACCAUACCUUGUGGAUCUAGUUAGUGAAAAUGUGGGGUUAGUUCUAAAGAUCGACUCCAUGCAGAGUGGGGACGCGUGGAAAGGCAUGGACAUGCUGAUAUUCAACUCCUGGCACUGGUGGACCCACACAGGAAGAACUCAACCGUGGGACUACAUACAAGAGGGUAACAAGUUGUACAAAGACAUGGACCGUCUGGUUGCAUACUAUAAAGGGCUAACGACGUGGGCCAGAUGGGUGAACCUCAACGUGGACCCCACCAAAACCAAAGUCUUCUUUCAGGGGAUCUCUCCCACCCAUUACCAGGGGAAGGAUUGGAAUGAACCAUCGAAGAGCUGCUCUGGGGAGAUGCAACCCUUGUCAGGGUCAAUUUACCCGGCGGGUAUACCACCGGAGGCGAUUGUGGUGAACAAAGUGUUAAGAAGGAUUCAGAAACCAGUGUAUCUACUAGACGUAACAAGGCUAUCACAGCUCAGAAAGGAUGCACACCCCUCCACUUAUAGUGGUGACCACAGUGGUCUUGACUGUAGCCAUUGGUGCCUCCCAGGACUUCCCGAUACUUGGAACCAGCUCCUCUAUGCCGCUCUUGCCGGCCUUUGACAACCUCAAUGA